AUGCCUGCGCGCACUCGCCAAACUGUAACCUCGACGGCCUCGGUCGUCGAGCCGGAAGAUGAACAGAAUGGUCUUCGCAAAUUGCGCUUCGAUGAACCCUUGUCAUGGCGCGUGGGGAAAUCCGCCAUUCCUGUCGCCGAUUUAUUGAGCCGACUUCAAGCUCUUGCGCAUGAACUAUCGACCACCGAACAGGAUGAUAUCGACAAGUCAUCAUUGAAAAAAGUCUCUCAAGAAUUAGCCAAUGGCCACCUGCUGGCCCAUAGAGACAAAGGAGUACGCGCGUGGGUUACAAGUUGCAUCGUGGAUAUCCUACGUCUAUGCGCGCCAGACGCCCCCUUUACCGGAAAUCAAUUGAAGGAUAUAUUUACGUGCAUCGUCACUUCAAUUAUUCCGGCUCUCGCAGAUCCCUCAAAUGCCUACAAUGCGCAGCACAUCUACGUCUUAAACUCACUAGCCGAAGUGAAGAGUAUCGUGCUUUUAACGGACUUAGACAACCCCGACUCUCUCAUCCUCCCUCUAUUCAACUCCUGCUUCGACAUCGUGGAAGGGUCCUCCAAGUCCUCUACCGGUGAACAAGUCGCGAAGAAUGUCGAGUACGAUAUGACCCGUCUGCUGGUGACGGUUAUUGAUGAGUCGCCGACCUUGGCGCCAGAAGUGGUGGACAUUCUAAUCACGCAGUUCCUUCGUGUCGAGCCGCGCGUCUUCGAGCAGUCGGGGAAGAAGGGUAAAAAGGUUGAGAUCGACCCAAGCCAGGAUACUCUCCUUCUCAAGGAAUAUCCACCGGCUUAUGAUAUGGCCAAAGCUAUUUGUCAUGCGUGCCCCGAAAAAAUGACCAGCUAUAUCAGCCAGUACUUCAACAAUGUCAUCAUUGAUGCCUCUGCUCCAUCUCAUACAUUGAAUGGGUCUAAACAGUCAUCAAACCGCAGACAUAGCUUGGAUGAGUCAGACGACGAGACUGAAGAUAUAAAGGAGCUUGGAAAAGCUCAUCGGCUAAUCAGAGAACUAUGGCGUGCGUGUCCCGAUGUGUUGCAGAACGUUAUCCCGCAAUUAGAAGCGGAAUUAUCAGCAGAAUCGAUAUCUCUUCGUCUUCUUGCAACAGAAACCAUUGGCGAUCUUGCGGCCGGGAUUGGAUUAUCCGGCCCCCCUCCUCCUCCCCCAAUGGAUCCUGCACAAUAUCCGCCUGUCACGUUGAUCGGCUAUCCCGAAACAGUACCUCAGCCGAAUGUCCUGCAGAAGCCAUUAGCGCCAAAACCUUUUGCACAAGUUCAUUCAUCAGCCUACGAGAGUUUUCUGAGUCGUCGGCAGGAUAAGUCUGCUUCCGUCCGCUCAGCAUGGACUACUGCGAUAGGGCGCAUUAUCCGAACCUCUGCGGGCGGAUCCGGUCUGAGCGAAAGUGAUGAGAAAUCCCUGGUCAAGAGUCUGGCCAAUAUGCUCCGGGACGCCGAUGAAAAGGUUCGUCUAGCUGGUGUGGAAGCUAUUGGGUCAAUGGGUUUCACAGACAUUGUAAAUAAACUGGGCGUUGGCGGGGGUCUCGGAUCGGCAGAUUCGAUUUUUGCCAUCCUUGCUGAACGUGUCAAAGACCGUAAACCAGCUGUCCGUGACCGUGCCAUGAGAGUCUUCGCGAGGAUAUGGGCAGUCGCUAUGGGCGAGAUUGAAGAUGGCAAUGAGCAAGUACUGUCACUUCUCAAAGAUGCGCCAUCCAAGAUUUAUGACGCAUUCUAUACCAACGAUCCCGAGAUUCAAGCUCUCAUUGACCGAGUGCAAUUCGAAUACCUGCUCCCUCUUGGCUAUCCCUCAUCGAAGUCGAAGCAGAGUAAGGGUAAAGAGGCGGAGGGUACGAUGGAUCGAGUUCGAGUACAGCGCAUUCUGACUUUGGUGAAGAGCCUGGACGAAAAGUCGAAAAAGGUAUUCUUUGCAUUUCAGAAUCGACAGUUGAACCUGCGGACAGCCUUGAAUGUGUAUCUACAGGCCUGCGAAGAAUACAAUGGUGGUGUCAUCGAGAAAGAUGAAGAGCGCAUUAAGGCUCAACUUGGUCGAGUUAUUGAUCUUGUAGCGAAAUCGCUGCCAGAUCAUUCCCGCGUGUUUUCAGAUCUUUGGAAAUUCGCCAAAAUGCAUGACCGACGUAAUUAUCAGCUUAUACGAUUUGCUAUGGCGGCACAAAGCGACUAUCGAACAGUCACUAAAGCCAUUAAAGAAUUAGCCAAGAGGAUACAAAGCGGCAGCACCCCAUCUUUACUGGAUACUCUCACUCCCCUGCUCUAUCGCUCUAGCUCUCUUGUUUUCAAUAGGAGCCAUAUUCCCGCUAUUAUGGAAUUUUCACGAACUGACGACAAAGGUCUAGCUGUACCUGCACACGAAAUUCUGAAAGAAAUCUCAUCCCGCAACCCUGAGGUGUUGGAAGCGCAAGUGCAGGAGAUGUGUAAGGACUUGGAAGAGCAAGCUCCAAGUGCCAAAUCACCGGAUGACUCGGGAUCGGAGGAGACUCUCAAGGCAUGUUCCGGGUUCGCCAGAAAGCUGCCUGAGAAGCUGCCCAAAGAAAGAAAGUUCUUACAGGCACUGAAUGCGUACGCUCUAUACAGCUCAUCUCCUCGAGGGGCGAAGCGCGCUGUAUCGAUCAUCAUGGCCAUUGCCGACAAAAAAGAGAUGUACGCGAAAGAUCUCGUGCAGAAAUGCGUCAAGGACUGCGAAUACGGCUCGAAGUACUUCUUGACACGCUUAGCUACACUUGCGCAGCUUAAUCUCCUUGCUCCCAAGGAAGUUGAUGCUGAAAGCUCUAAGAUUAUAUCCAUUGCAGUUGAUAAAAUCCUCCUUAUCAACAGAUCAAAACAGCCGGAUUCAGGAUAUACCUGGUCCGAGGAGCUUGACGAAGAGACCAAGGCUAAACAAUGGGCACUCAGAAUCAUUGUCAAUCGACUACGAGGGAAAGAUGGGACGGAUGAAGAUGACUUUCAGAAGCUUGCUGAACCGGUUUAUAGUAUUCUGAAUAAGCUUGUUGCUGGUGAGGGUGAAAUAUCAAAGAAAAAAGAUACACCUGAUACUCAAAAACCUCGUUUGCGCCUUGAUGCCGCAAAAUUAUUAAUCAAGUUGUCCGCGUCGCAAGGACCCUGUGACCAACUUCUAUUGCCGAAAGAUUUCAAUUCGCUAGCCCUGGUUGUUCAAGACCGCCUUCUCCCUGUCAGAUCCGGUUUCAUCAACGCGCUGCGGAAGAGACUGUCACAGAAAUCUUUCCUUGGUGUCCGUUGGUAUACAUUACCAUGCCUACUUGCGUUUGAGCCCAGUGUCACUUUGAAAGACAGCACGCUUACGUGGCUUCGCUCGCGCGCAACUCUGUUCUCUCGCCAGAUGCAAGCUAGCAGCAAAGGCAAGGAACACCAGCCUGUGAUGGAAUCCAUGUUUGCACGUCUUCUUUCUUUACUGGCUUAUCACCCCGACUAUCCUCCUGCUAGCGAAGACCCUGAAACUCGCAUGGCCGAGUUGGCAGACUUUUCUCGAUAUAUCCUUUUCUAUCUGUCAGCUGUCGCGAACGAGAAUAAUAUAUCGUUGAUCUUUCACGUGGCGCAACGAGUCAAACAAACGAGAGACGGCAUCACCAAGUCUGACGAAAUCACGGAGCGACUACACACGUUAUCAGAUCUUGCGCAGGCAACGAUCCGUCGAUUUGCAGAGAUAUAUGCGCAGCAGAACCGGAUUGGAGGUGCAACUGGUGGUGCAAGCAUUCUUCAGACAUACCCGGGCAAAUUGAGGCUUCCUAGUUCGUUGUUUGCUGCCAUGUCAAGCCAUAAAGAGGCACAAGAAGUAGCCGAUAAGAGUUUCCUUCCAGAAGACAUAGAAGACAGCCUUGACAUCAUUGUACGGUCGUGGAUGCGGCCGAGGAAAUCUACUCAGGCAGCUAACGCAAGCAAGAAGAGAAAGAGUGAACAUGCUGAUACUAACGGCGAUGGUGAAGCCAAAAAGGCCCGCAGAAAGUCUUCUACUGCUCCACGCAGAGCGUCUACAUCUGCGAACACAAAGUUAUUCCGCAAGAAGAAGACGGGAGAGGAUGAAUGGGGUUCUGAUUUUGAUGGAGACGAGAAAGACCUCGCCGCAGAACGAAGGCGAAGUGGCCGGGGUGUUUCUAAAAAGGUCAGCUAUGCUGAUCGUGACAGUGAUGAAGACGAUCAAGAGAUGGAGGAGGUGAAUGAAGAUGGGGAGGAGGAGGACGAAGCUAACGAGAGUGAUGUGGGAGAUGCAGCCAGUGCGAACGAUGAGGACGAGGAAAUGAGCGACGCAAAAGAGCAAGACGAAGACCAAGAAGAAGAGGAAGAAAUAGAAGAAAAGCAAACAACGCCGAAGAAAAAGGCGGCAGGUAAGAGGACAUCUUCUGGUUCUACAAAGUCCGUAAGAACAGAGGCGUUGCCAGUACGACGUUCGAGCAGACGUGCUUGA